CGCCGUAGGGCCAGCGCUGGAUGCUGAAGGGAAUGGCAGCAGCUUCAUUCUUUCAAAGAAUCACUCGUUCGUGAAAAGGCACGAAGAGCCCGUUUGGGUAGAUGGAUAAUGGAGGACACCGUCACCACCCCCGACCCCUUAGAGCCGCCGGUUCAAGCGGAACCCAGCCCUGCAGCAAAUAGGACUGAAGAGAAAGCACAAUGGCAGCCCAAGGGCCAAAAGACCUGUGGGUGUAGCACCUUGAAGGACACUCUCUCAAAGGCAGAUAGCACAGCCCUACGGUUAAGCAACUUAAUAUCCACGUCGUACGGAGAAGAAGCCACCCUGGCGAUAGCUGGCUACUCUGCCGACAUCCUGCACCAUGCGCUCCUUUCCCCGCCGCUACGAGCCAUCUUCUCUUGCCUUCGCACCCGUCUGGGACUCUCCGCGUCUGCAGAUGAUUCGAAAUCGCAGACCCGGCCUCUUCUUGCCCUGGCAUCCCUGAUCUCCGAGACCCGGACCGCUCUCCGUUUGCUCGGCCUGAUACCGCUCUGGGAAUGGGGUUCGGCGACCGUGAAAUCACCGCCGGCUGAUCCAGUCCUGCGGUCGGUAGCUUUUGCCCAGGUCUUCGUCAACGUCAUCUACCAAUUCAUGGAGAACGUUGCGUUUCUUGCGUCCAAGGGCGUGGUCUCGCAGCGUCUCCUCCAGCGUCUGGGUGGCGUUGGGAAAUGGUAUAUCUGGUCUACCCGAGCAUGGUUGGGCCAUGUCGUUCUGGAAUUUGUGCGCCUGUGGCGAGAACGAUCGCUAGCUGCGAGGCAGAACGAACUAGCACUGGCGAAAGCGUCAUCGCCGGAUGAUAGGCUCAGCGAUGAAGAUCAGCGUGCUGAGGCUCUGCGGAUGCGGGCUUGGCGGAAGAGCUUGGUGAAUAACCUUGCCUGGUUCCCGCUCUGUGUGCACUGGAGCUUGGAGGAUGGAGCCCGGGUGCCGAGUAACAUAGUUGGACUGCUGAGUUUCAUUGCUACUGCUUGGAAAGUGAGCGAUUUAUGGAAGGCAACCGCAAGCGCGAUCUGAACCAGCCAUCGGAGCGAGCCCCGAGUUGAGGCAGCGAGAGGCGUUGGGCAUUCGCAUUGGUCAUGUGCUAUGUAUUACGAAGAUUUUAUCUAUACAAGGUCGUACGUACACUGCGGAUAUAUGGGUAGAUCAUCACCCUUGGUUCGACAAGAGACCUGCCCAGGGAAGCGGCUUUGAUGGCUGCGGCAAGACAUGCACCACCCAAAACGUGACAAAGCAGCAUAUUAUCUGACGACUACCCCAAGCAGCUAUAGCAAUAUUGGGAGACUCAUGGGAUAAACGUUGAGGGUUGUAGAGAGCUAUCAUGACGCAAAAAUCCAGCAAGGAGCGUAUUUCCCAUUCCUACGUGGGGGGGAAACCUUUUUUCUUCCUAGUCGUCCUCAAAACUAUAGAGCAAAUACUAUAGAGCAGCAGACUCAAGAGCCCCGAUCUCGGGGACAUGGCUUAACUUUCUCCUUAAAACUUUGGCCAUUGUAUAUGUCAUUAGCAUCGUCA